AUGCACUUACUCCACAAGAACCAUGGUAUAAAUUUCUUGUACAAGAACCACGGCAUACACUUCUUCCACAAGAAACACGACGUACACUUCCUACACAAGAACCACGACAUACACUUCCUGUGCAAGCAUCACGACACACACUUCAUGCACAAGAACCACGACAUACCCUUCCUGUACAAGAAUCACGACAUACACUUCCUACACAAGAACCAUGACAUACACUUCCUGUACAGGAACCACGACGAACUCUUCCUGUACAAGAAUCAUGAAAUACACUUCCUGCACAAGAACCACGACAUACACUUCCUCCAGAAGAACCAUGACAUGCACUUCCUACACAAGAACCACGACAUACAUUUCAUGCAAAAGAGCCACGACAUACACUUCUUGUACAAGAAUCAUGGCAUACACUUCCUGUACAAGAAUAACCACAUACAUUUCGUGUACAAGAAUCACGAUGCACACUUCAUGCACAAGAACCACGACAUACACUUCCUGAAUAAGAACCAUGGCAUCCACUUCCUACACAAGAACCACAAUACACACUUCCUACACAAGAACAAUGGCAUCCACUUCCUGCACAAGAGCCACGACAUACACUUCCUACACAAGAACCACGACAUACACUUCCUGUGCAAGAACCACGACAUACCCUUCCUGUACAAGAACCGCAACACACAACAUGACCAUCUGUAG